CACUAAACGCCAUUUGCUUAGCUUUUCCUCUUUCCAUUUUCCUCCAACACGUCACCUCUCUCUGUCUCUCUCUUCAGACCGGAAAAGUCUUCAACUUUCACCGGAAAUAUUCCUCCAUCUUAUCUCCAUCGUAUGCUCACAUGAACGACUAUUUCCUCAACCAGUCAACGGCCACCGACGAUAACGCGUCUGCGCCGAUGGAAGCUUUCAUCGGAACAAAUCACUCAACGCUCUGGCCACAACCAUCUCUUCCUCCUCCUCCUCCACUUUCUCAAUUUAACGAAGACACUCUCCAACAACGUCUCCAAGCUUUAAUCGAAUCCGCAGAAGAAAACUGGACUUACGCGAUCUUCUGGCAGAUCUCACACGAUUUCGAUUCUCCCACCGGAGAUAACACAUUGAUUCUCGGCUGGGGAGAUGGUUACUACAGAGGAGAAGAAGACAAAGACAAGAAAAAGAAGAGCUCGAGUUCGAAUCCGGCGGAGCAAGAGCAUCGGAAAAGAGUGAUCCGUGAGCUUAACUCGUUAAUCUCCGGCGGAAUCGGAGUUUCCGAUGAAGCAAACGACGAAGAAGUCACCGAUACUGAGUGGUUCUUCUUGGUCUCGAUGACACAGAGCUUCGCGAACGGUGUUGGGCUUCCCGGAGAAUCCUUAUUAAACUCUCGCGUGAUUUGGUUAUCCGGGUCGGGUGCUUUAACCGGGUCGGGUUGUGAACGAGCUCAUCAAGGUCAGAUAUACGGGUUACAGACGAUGGUGUGUAUCGCGGCGGAAAACGGCGUCGUUGAGCUUGGUUCUUCGGAAGUGAUAAGCCAAAGCUCAGAUCUGAUGGAUAAAGUCAAUAGUCUCUUCAAUUUCAACAACGGUAAUGGUGGAGAAGCUUGUUCUUGGGGGUUAGAUCUGAAUCCUGAUCAAGGAGAGAACGAUCCAGCUUUGUGGAUCAGCGAACCGACCACCACCGGAGUCGAAUCGGGUCAGGUAACUCCGGCGAUACACAACAGUAAUUCCAAUUCAAAUUCCAAAUCCGAUUCUCAUCAGAUUUCGAAGCUUGAAAAGAACGAGAGCUCGAUUGAAAACCCUAGACAGAAUCCGCAGAAUCCGUCGCUUGUAGAGCAGGAUUUGAACUUCUCGAGCUCUGGGUUGAAUCAAAACGGGAACUUUCCUGAUGGGUCGUCGCGGAUGAUGAAAUCGAGUGAAACCCUAAGUUUUAUGGCGGAGGAGAGCAACAAGAGGAGAUCUCCUGUUUCGAAAGGGAGUAACAACGACGAAGGAAUGCUUUCUUUCAGCACCGUGGUUCGAUCCGCCGCGAAAUCCGGCGACUCGGAUCAUUCCGACCUCGAAGCAUCGGUGGUUAAGGAAGCGAUUGUUGUUGAACCGGAGAAGAAACCGAGGAAACGGGGAAGAAAACCGGCGAACGGGAGAGAAGAGCCAUUGAAUCACGUAGAAGCAGAGAGACAGAGAAGAGAGAAGCUAAACCAGAGAUUCUACUCUUUGAGAGCUGUGGUUCCCAACGUUUCGAAAAUGGACAAAGCUUCUCUUCUUGGAGACGCCAUUUCGUAUAUCAACGAGCUGAAAUCGAAGCUGCAACAAGCGGAAUCCGAUAAAGAAGAGAUUCAGAAGCAGUUAGAUGGGAUGAGCAAGGAAGGAAACGGGAAAAGCGGCGGGUCGAGAGUGAAAGAACGAAAAUGUUCGAAUCAAGAUUCGGCGAGUUCUAUAGAAAUGGAGAUUGAUGUGAAGAUCAUAGGUUGGGAUGUGAUGAUACGUGUACAAUGCAGCAAGAAGAAUCAUCCUGGUGCGAGAUUCAUGGAAGCGCUUAAGGAAUUGGAUUUGGAAGUGAAUCACGCUAGUUUAUCCGUGGUGAAUGAUUUGAUGAUUCAACAAGCUACUGUGAAGAUGGGAAGCCAGUUUUUCAAUCAUGAUCAGCUCAAGCUUGCUUUAAUGUCGAAAGUUGGAGAAGACAAUUGAACAAAGCCGACUCUUCAAGAGAUGAAACUAAUGUUUCCAUUGAUUAGAAGUGAUCAAAAUUAGCUGGUAAUGUUCGGUCUUUUCGCAAGUAGAUCUCUCUGUAAAUUAGUAAGUACUCGUUUUGCAUCGCCAGCUUCAUGUUAUUAAUCAAUGUUGUUCAUUAGGAGAACUUGUUUAGUUCUUAGUUUAGUGUUUUCAUAAGCCUGUAAGUGAGAUCGAAGUUGGAGACCAGAGAGAGGUAGUAAAAUAAAGAAAACUUUGGUUGUACUUGUAUAUGUUAUGUAUGGAGUAAGAUUAAAGUGAGAAAAAAUCUAUUGAAGUUUUUUGGUUCUAUGAA